CUCGCACAUCCCCCGUUGAUUGUGAUAGCAUAAGAUCGUAAAUACAAAUUCGAAGUGCAUUCACAGUCGAUAUGAGUUCACCACUUCGAUCCAACAUGUCUUCCGCAAACCGUGGUCCUGGACCGAGCAGGCGCACGAAGCGUUCGAGAGAGGAUGACGAUCUUCCAUCAUCUGCGGCGCAUCCGCCGUCGAGCCCGCUGGGCUCUUCACCUCCAAUGCUGCCGCAUGACGAUGAGCCGGAUAUCGAUAUUCUUGACGAUGAAGACCUUAUCCCUGAUGUUGACGAUUUAGAUGAAGAUGCCGAGGAGGCAGAGGGCAUCGACCUUUUUGCAGAUGAUUUUGAACGGGACUAUCGAGAGCGCCAAACCGAUGCUUACGACACCGCUGACAUUGACGACGAGGAAUAUGGUGAUAUGGAUGUUGCCAGCAGGCGUGAGCUAGAGCGACGUCUCAAUGCCCGGGACCGAGAGGCCAGACGCCGUAUGCCCGUCGCAUUUCUACCUGAUGAGGACGAAGAUGCGCUCGCAGAUCUUACGAGACAGCCUCGUCGGCGCCGACGCCGAUACGACGAGGAUCAGGAUGAUAUGGACAUGGAAGACGACAUCAUGAAUGAGGAGCUGUCGCUUGAAGCAUUGGCAGAUGUCAAGGCUGCAACACUAACCGAUUGGGUUGCACAGCCUGCAGUAGCAAAGACCAUUUUCCGCGAGUUCAAGUCCUUCUUGACUGAAUACACGGACGAACACGGAAGCUCCGUCUAUGGCACACGGAUUCGAACGCUUGGUGAAAUCAAUGCCGAGUCCUUGGAGGUCUCUUUCGACCACCUUGCCGAAUCGAAAGCAACACUUGCUUUCUGGCUGGCCAAUUCACCGACGGAGAUGUUGAAGAUCUUCGAUGCAGUGGCCCUGGAGGUCACAUUGAUCCACUAUCCCGACUAUGAGCGCAUUCAUUCCGAGAUUCAUGUCCGUAUGACAGAUAUUCCGGUCCAGUACACCCUCCGACAAUUGCGUCAAACUCAUCUCAACUGUUUGGUUCGCGUCAGUGGUGUAGUCACUCGACGAAGUGGAGUCUUCCCGCAGCUCAAGUAUGUCAAAUUUGACUGCACCAAGUGCGGCACAACUCUAGGUCCCUUCCACCAGGAUUCGAACGUAGAGGUCAAGAUCUCAUUCUGCCAGAAUUGCCAGUCACGAGGCCCCUUCACAGUCAACUCGGAAAGGACCGUCUACCGUAAUUAUCAGAAGCUUACGCUCCAAGAGUCACCCGGUACUGUGCCUGCUGGUCGUUUGCCCCGACACCGAGAAGUUAUUCUUCUCUGGGAUCUCAUUGAUUCGGCCAAGCCUGGCGAGGAGAUAGAAGUCACUGGUAUCUAUCGUAACAAUUACGAUGCAGCCUUGAACAACAAGAACGGUUUCCCGGUUUUCGCCACCAUUAUCGAGGCUAAUCAUGUCGUGAAAUCGCAUGACCAGCUUGCUGGAUUCCGUCUGACAGAGGAGGACGAACGUAAGAUCCGUCAGCUUGCUAGGGACCCGAGGAUCGUCGAUAAGAUUAUCAAUUCCAUUGCUCCAAGUAUUUAUGGCCACACAGAUAUCAAGACUGCUGUUGCCCUUUCAUUGUUUGGUGGCGUCAGUAAAGAAGCCCCCGGCCGGCACUCGAUCCGUGGUGACAUCAACGUCCUCCUCCUCGGUGACCCUGGUACAGCCAAAUCUCAGAUUCUCAAAUAUAUCGAGAAGACGGCGCACCGUGCGGUUUUUGCGACUGGUCAAGGUGCAUCCGCAGUCGGUCUUACUGCCUCUGUUCGUCGUGAUCCCAUGACUAGCGAAUGGACGUUAGAGGGAGGAGCACUUGUACUGGCUGAUAAAGGCACGUGCCUUAUCGAUGAGUUUGACAAGAUGAAUGACCAAGAUCGUACCUCGAUUCACGAAGCCAUGGAACAGCAGACCAUCUCUAUCUCCAAGGCUGGUAUUGUUACCACUUUGCAAGCUCGAUGUGCAGUCGUUGCUGCAGCCAAUCCUAUUGGUGGCCGCUACAACUCUACUAUUCCGUUCUCUCAAAAUGUUGAGCUGACAGAACCUAUCCUGUCCCGUUUCGACAUUCUGUGUGUUGUUCGCGAUACCGUGGAUCCCAGCGAAGAUGAGCGCCUAGCGAAAUUUGUGGUCAAUUCCCAUGGCCGUGCUCAUCCACUAGCGAAUGCAACCUACGGUUUCUCUAACAAGGCGAAGGCGGCAACGCAGGAUGGUGAAGAAGACGAAGCAAGCAUGGACGUCGAUUCCGAGGAACAACCCAGCAAAGAAGGCGAAAUUCCCCAGGAGCUGUUGAGGAAAUACAUCCUUUAUGCUCGUGAAAAGAUACGACCAAAGCUGUAUCAGAUUGACCAGGACAAGGUUGCUCGUCUCUUUGCAGACAUGAGGAGGGAAUCUUUAGCAACCGGUGCUUAUCCCAUUACUGUUCGUCAUCUGGAAGCCAUCAUGCGAAUCAGUGAAUCAUUUUGCAAAAUGAGAUUGUCCGAGUACUGCUCUUCUCAGGACAUUGAUCGCGCUAUCGCGGUCGCCGUUGACUCCUUCGUUGGAUCACAGAAGGUCUCAGCGAAGAAGGCUCUAGCAAGGGCCUUUGCCAAAUACACCCUCAAUCGGCCUGGCGCCGUAAGGGCACCGGCUCAAGGUGGACGUCAAGGUGCGAGGGCAGCUGCAUGAGCCUAUAUCAGAGAGACGAAUGUAUGAUGGGAUGAUUUAGGGGCUCCGGAGGGCUGCUGUUUCAGGAGUCGAAAGGUUGGCAGUAGAUACGCACGAUACAGGUAUAUGAUUGCUUUCAUGUGGAUACCAGCUUUCGUAGCAGCAUCCUCUUCGCUUUUGUGAAGAUCUUGCAUGGGCCGUUGGCGUUUCGGAAGAGGAGUAGGAGUUUCCUCUUAUAUAGCACAACACGAAUAUGAAAUAUACC